GGGAUCCUGUUCGCUCCUUCGCGUGAGUGACUGCAGAUUGUUCUUUUUUCUUCACCGUCAUGUUGGACUAUUCCCUCGUGUAUGCCGUCGUGGGCAUCGCGCUGACAUGCGCUCUCUUGAGUGUCCUCAGUCCAGACAGGCGAGCUCUCGAUGGCAUACCCACCGUCGGACCUUCCGCACCUUUGGCCUCAUACAUAGGAGCGAUUCGAUGGUUAUACGACGCACCACGUAUGGUCCAGGAAGGUUACGACAAGUACAAGGGGAGAGCAUUCAAGGUCGCCAAUAUAGACAGAUGGAUGGUUAUCGUCAGUGGUCCGAAACUGAUCGACGAAGUCCGACGCGCCCCGGACGACGUCCUGUCCUUCACUGAAGCCACAAAUGAUAUGCUGUCUAUCGAUUAUACCCUGAGCCCAAACGUCCACCAUAACGAAUACCAUAUCCCAAUUGUGCGGUCGCAAUUAACACGGAGUCUGACUUCAAUAUUCCCAGAAGUUCGGGACGAGGUCAUCACUACCUUCGAUGAAAUCAUUGCUCCGAAAGGUGACGAAUGGAUCGCCUUGCCAGCGUUGGAGACUAUAAUGCAGGUUGUGUGCCGAGCAUCUAAUCGCGUCUUUGUUGGUUUACCUGUCUGUCGCAAUAAGGACUACUGCGAGGCAAAUGUCAGGUUUGCUGUCGAUGUGAUGGCCAGUGCAAUAUUGCUGAACAUGUUCCCGAAGUUCCUGAGACCGGUCGUCGGGAACAUGCUUACGCUCGUCCCACGAACUGUCCGACGCGUUCGAAAGCACCUUGAACCCCUCAUCGAGGAGCGUCUGGCCAAGAUGGAAGAAUACGGUGAUGAAUGGACAGAUAGGCCGAAUGAUAUGCUACAGUGGCUACUCAAGGGGGCAGAAGGUAAUGAGAGGACUGUCGACGGCUGGACGAGGCGUAUGAUGGUCAUCAAUUUUGCUGCUAUACACACUUCCUCCAUGAGUUUCACGAUCGCCCUGUUCCAUCUAGCAGCAAACCCGGAGGCGUAUCUGCAACCGAUGCGUGAGGAAGUCGAGACGGUUACAAAAGAAGAAGGAUGGAGCAAGGCGUCCAUGCAGAAAAUGCGCAAGCUCGACAGUUUUCUGCGCGAAUCCCAGCGGUUGACGGGUCUCGACGCGCUGGCACUGAACCGGAAGGUCAUGAAACCCUUCAUGCUCUCUGAUGGGACCCGGCUUCCUAUCGGGACACACAUUGCUUGUGCUGCCAUGUGCACGCACAGCGAUAACGAGAACUACGUGAGCGCGGAUGUCUUUGACGGCUUCCGCUUCGCCAACAUGCGCGAGGAGGACGGGGAGAGCAUCAAGUACCAGUUCGUCAGUACGUCGACGGACUACGUGCCGUUCGGCCACGGCCGCCACGCAUGCCCUGGGAGGUUCUUUGCAGCCGCGGAAUUAAAGGCCAUGCUCGCGCACCUGGUUAUCAACUACGAUGUCAAGCUAGAAGACGAGGGCGUGCGGCCGAAGGACACAUGGUUCAGCACGUCGCGCUCGCCAAAUCGCACGGCCAAAGUUAUGUUCAGGAAGAGGCACAGUAGACACGCUACGUGACCUUGUCUUGUCUUCGUGUUGGGUGUGAUGAUAUCAUUGUACUUCAAUUUUGAGCGACUUCUUUGAAUGAAGGGAAUAUGGACUGGUUUCCCGCUCGGGCAUAGGGCCGG